AUGUCUCUCCUUUACGGGCCCGUUUUGCUGGCAAAGGGGAGUUGUCCACAGUUAAGUGACACUUCCCCUCGCCUUCUCUACCCAAGCACAACCUCAACAACCAACACCAUGUGUGGAAGCUACUACGGAAACUCUUAUGGAGGCUGCGGCUAUGGAGGCUGUGGUUAUGGAGGCUGUGGCUAUGGAGGCUGCGGCUACGGAGGCUGUGGCUAUGGAGGCUGCGGCUAUGGAGGCCUGGGCUGUGGCUAUGGCUCCUGCUAUGGCUGUGGCUUUCGCAGACUAGGCUGUGGCUACGGCUUUGGUUCUGGCUGUGGCUAUUACUACUGAGAGCACCAUGAGAAAUUCACCCUCUGAACCAUCACUUAAUGAUUCAGCAGUUCUGAACCACACAAAUUUUCUGCCUCACCCCUAAGUGAUGUUUUUUCUACACUACCCUGUAAACUUCUGACAUGAUUUGCUAAAAGUCUGAUAUCUGGAACUGAUGUCACUUAAUGUCUGGAAGAAUAUAAAACUCAACCUGUGAAUUCAUAUUCCAACAAGAUGACGUUGCUAUAGCGCUUGUUUUUGUAAUUCUAUGCUAAAUUUGCUUCUCUGUUUUCCUAAUAAAUUUUGAAUUUCCUCAUAAA